AUGCCUGCUUCAGCCACACAUCAGCAUCUUCCACUAUAUGAGAAAGGACCCUCAUUUGCUGAACAUAAUGCUGCCAUCAGCCACAUGCAUUUGGCUCAUGGUCUAACUGCACGUUGUCUUGCACUAUCUGGAUUACGUCAGGUCCCGGGCACAAUCGCAAACUUCAUCACAAAGGACUCUGGUCAUGAACAGCACCAAGGCUUGGGUCCCGAUAGGGGUUCUCCCCGCGACGAUCCCGCAACCAAUGACUCCGGUUGCUUGACGGAAACCGAAUCCUCAGGGACCACACCACCCCCCAGAAAGCAGCUUGCUGCAAUUAGGAUGCGCAAGCGUACCGUUGGCAUCGACGGCUUGGAAAGCACCAAGGAUCUGGUUGUGUCUUCGAAAACCGGACACGAUCACGUCGGGUUUGGCGCUGGAAAUGUCUUCGAGCAGAUGGGCAUUGUUGGUCACUCAGGCAAAUUUACUCCAAUACAAAUUCAAGGCCAGAUUCCUGCCGAUAUUAUGAAUGAUAUCCCCGAGCAGUAUCGAGAUGGACUGCUUGUACACCAAACUAAGCACGUGGAUCAUACUAAAGAUAUUCAAACAUCGGAAACCACUGAAAAGAAUGCGCUAGGCCUCACGAGCACCCUUCAGCAGACAAUCGUCCGCGAAAACUUUCUUGCCGACGCGAAAUAUCAUAUUCUGGCUAAAGGUGCACAUGUCCAUGUACACGUGAAGGAACAAGGAAUCCGAGCCCCCGAUCCUAAGGCUAAGCACAAGUUCCUCACAGCCACUGCAACUGAGCAGAUGGAAGGAAAAGCCAAAACUUACGCUGCAUGGGAUGAUCUUAUUGCGUUGAUACCUCCGCAUGACCACGAAGAUUUUGGGGCGUAUCUCGCACAAACGGAACGUGAUGACCCAUUGGAGCGGAUUCAAAACCAAGUCGCUGUGUACCAGUUCAGCCGUAAAUACAUCAGCUUCACGGAUCAAAAAAACAAGCUAAGAAGUAUCACAGCUCCACCCUCUGCAGAGGUCCACCCCACUGUCUCCGAUUCAGGUUCAAGAAAAGAAAAUGCGAAUGAGGUAGAAUCAGGGGAAGAGGUUUGGAAAGGGAAUACCCCAUCAAAAGAAAAUGAGAAGGUGAUAAAAUCAGGAGACGAGGUUCAGAAAUCAUCAGACGAAAGACAGACGGGCAGGAGUGACGUAGACGUCCGGACUGCCCAAUUCGUUGAACAGAUUGGUUAUCUUCUGCCGCGUCAAGACCCACCUAGCAACAUUGACGACCCCAACUUCAUGCAAUUUAAAGAAUUGAAAAUGGCACUCAAAAUCCGUAUGCACCAAUCGGACGCUGAGAUCAAGCGCUUUGUCACAUGGAUCAAUGCACACCACAAACAAAGUCUCGGCCAGAUAGCGGACGAUGACUGGUUCCCAACGUAUGAGCUGUUUUGGAAUUAUGCGACAUAUCUCCAUAAGGAAGAUCUGAAAAAUGUUAACCCUACGCAAUUUGACUUGAUAAAUAAAAAGGGAGUCGAGGCGGUUGCACAAAACCAUGAAAAACAUUACUUCUCCCCCUAUCUCAAAGAACUCCUUGAAGCAAAUUUGACGCCAGUGGAAAGAAAGCAUUUCGGGAAGACUGUUUUAUACAAAGACAAGAAAAACGUGCUAGUCAAUGUAUUCUCCAAGAAGGGAAAGCCCAAAGCCGAAAACAGAAAUCCGUAUGUGUACAGGAGCGAGUUCGCAAAAGAACUAAAAGAAUGGCGCGAAAAACCCAGAACGAUUCGCGAGAAAUUGGAAUUAGGCCUCGAAUCCGCAAUGAUGAAAUCUAAAAAAGUGGCUUCUUCGUGGGCUGAGCGAUGUAAAAACGCAUUCAGGAAUAUUUUUGCAAUCUUGCGCAAAAAAAUCCGGAAUUUAAUUCCUAUUGUUAAGAAGAGAGUUGAUUAG